AUGGCAUCACUUCAAGGCAAAAGAACCGUCAGAGGAAAAAUCAGACCCCCACCACGAAAGGGCGCGUCGGAGGUCGACUAUGACAUCCAUUGGACAACACUCCAGAAUGCCAUUACCACUAUCCACGAACAAAAGGCUCACAUGCUCUCGUAUGAGGAGAUCUACCGUUGUGGAUACAACCUGGUCAUUCACAAGUGGGGCGAGCGAUUGUACAACGGCGUCAAGGAGUUGAUCGAGCAGUACUUGGAAUCCGAGGCGGAGACCAAGGUCGUCCCCGUCCUAGGCAUCGCCGACACGUCGCCGGCCGAGGGAGUUCAAGUCCUGAAAGUCAUGCAAAAGCUGUGGAGGCACCAUGUGACCUGCCUUCUCAUGAUGAGCGAUAUCCUGGUCCAUAUGGACAGGAACUACGUUAUAGCAAACAGGCUGCCGAAGACAUACGAUAUGGGUCUGUUUCUCUUCCGCGACACGGUCAUUCGGUCACCAAAGUAUCCGAUUCAAUCGCACCUGCAAAUGGUCCUGCUUAACCAAAUCACUCUGGAGCGGAAGGGAGACGUGAUCGAUCGUGGCGCUGUCAAGUCCUGCACGGAGAUGCUGCUGGAGAUGAGCGAGAACAAUGGAAACGACCCAAUCUACAUCGCCGACUUUGAGAACUUGUUUAUCGAGACCAGCCGCGAGUUCUACAGAGUCGAGAGCGACGAUCUCGUACGACGAUUCGACCCACCCGAAUACAUGCGAAAGACGGAGCCAAAAAUCAGACAUAUCGUGGAGCAGGAGAUGAUCGCCAAGCAUCUGCAAACAGUCAUGGAGAUGGAGAACUGGGGACUCAAGCAGUUGCUGAUCAACAGUCGUCUGGGAGAUCUGGAUCGCAUGUAUCGACUGUUUUCGAGAGUGCCCAAUGGAGCGCGUACGCUGCAGGGAGGCCUGUCAGACUACAUUCGGGAGUGCGGGAAGAGCAUCAACGCCAAUGUCCAGGCAUCUGCCAUUGACACGGUUGAGAAAGGCGUCCCUCUAGGCGUUGCAUUGGCCCUUCGAUGGGUCCAGGAAGUGCUCGACUUGAAGGAGAGAUUUGACGCGUUUUUGGCCAAGGCCUUCGCAAAGGACAAGUCGUUCGAGACAGCGAUCAACUCGGCCUUUGAGUCCUUCAUCAAUCUCAACCCCAAGGCACCAGAGUUUAUGUCACUGUUCAUUGACAACAAACUCAAGAAGGACUUCAAGGGAAAAUCUGACGACGAAAUCGACACCAUUCUCAACAAGACGACAACUCUCUUCCGAUUCCUGUCUGACAAGGACAUCUUUGAGCGAUACUACAAGCAACAUCUCUCAAGUCGACUGCUGCACGGAAAGAGUCUCAGCGAUGAGGUGGAGCGAGGAAUGAUUUCAAAGCUCAAGAUUGAAUGUGGUUACCAGUUUACUUCGAAGCUUGAAGGAAUGUUCACGGACAUGAGGCUCUCCACCGAUACCAUGAGCUCCUUCAGAGAGUUCCUGGAGAAUGCUGUCGACACCCCUCCCGUGGAAUUGAAUGUUACUGUUCUAACAUCGACUUUCUGGCCCGUCCCUUCGACACCUGUCUCCUGCAACCUCCCGCCUCAGUUCUUGGCGGCCUCCAAGGUCUUUGAGCGGUUCUACACCUCCAGGCACAACGGCAGGAAACUAACCUGGCAUGCCACAAUGGGCAAUGUCGACUUGAGAGCGACUUUCAACAGCCGGAAGCACGAGCUCAAUGUAUCGACGAUGGCAGCCAUUGUACUAUUGGUUUUUAACGAUUAUCCCGACGGCGAGACGAUCCCAUACACGACCAUCGAGCAGGAGACAGGACUGCCAACGGAACAACUGAAACGGACACUCCAGUCUGUUGCCUGUGGAAAGUUCAAGAUUCUGAUCAAGGAGCCAAGAUCGAGGGACAUUGAAGAGACGGACGUCUUCAAGUUCAACUCUGCUUUUUCAGAGAAGCUGUCGCGCAUCAAGAUCCAGACGAUCGCGUCGAAGGUUGAGACUUCGAGCGAACUCAAAGAGACCCACGAGAAGGUUGAGGAUGCACGCAAGCACAUGGCAGAGGCGGCCAUUGUUCGUGUGAUGAAGAACCGCAAGACGCUCGACCACAACAAUCUCGUCACGGAGGUCAUUGCACAGCUUCAAGGACGGUUCAACCCUGCACCUUCGAUGAUCAAGAAGCGCAUCGAAGCUUUGAUUGAUCGUGAAUAUCUCGAGCGAGCUCCUGGAGACAGACUCGACCUCGUUAUUGCCCCCGGAAAGCACCUCGGAUGGUUCAGACUCGGCACGUCACUGUGGGACAUUAUCCGCCUCCUUCGUGACCAGGCUGCACUGAUCCCUGUCGUCGAACUCAAGUACAGCGACGAUCAUCCAUUCACGGCAGACAUUGUGUUGAGACUGGCCUCGAAUGGCAUCGAGCUUCGGUUCGAACCAUUGUCACAGCGCCUCAAGUUGAUCAAGGUCGAUGACUUUUCGAGACUACGACUCACUUAUCAAGGAGGCGAGGUGUCGUCAACUAAAGCUCUCCCUACAUUUCUUCAGGCCUAUAAGCUGUUUGGCCCGACGUACCCUGGCGAGUUUGAUGGCUCCAAGCACUUGUACACCCUCAGCUACCCAGUAAGUUUUGUGGAGUAUGACGCCGAGUUUCCAGAUGGAACGACUCCAGUGGCGUCACACAUGUAUAUCUAUUACGGGGCUGACUGGAGUUCAGCUACUCCAGUACCGAUUGCGACACUUAUCAGGAACAUCCAGGACUCGAGUAGCCCUGGUCACCAUAGCGGGCGGUUCGGAGAGGGCAAAGUCGAACUGGAAAGAGUCACGGCCAAGAUCAACCAUGGAGCAAUACUUCAGUUCACAGGAGCUGGCCAGACACAAAAGUGCAUUAUCUUGCUAAAUGUGACAACACCACAGGACCUACUAGCUGAUUUGGGAUCACCCGCGAGCAUUUACUACAAGGAAGAGGACAAGAUGAAGAUUCAUUCAGAGACCAAGGAGAGUUCUCGGAUUCAACAGGAAGAGGACGGCAUUUUGGGAGAGAUGGAUGAUAUUGGCUAUGACCGGACGAACAAGCCCGCAGAAGGUUCACAGCAACCAAACGACUACUUUUACAACUACUUUCAUUUGGGCAUGGAUAUUCUUUUUGACGGCAGUACACAUAGGUGCAAGAAGAUUGUGAUGCACACGAACGUGCCUGGACAUUUUGACUUCCAAAGUUACAAGCGCUGCCCAUUCGUCCUUCAGGUCCCCUUGUCAUCACCAUCAUCCAACGCAAACAUGGACGCAGAAUCAGCAAGACUGCCCCCAAUUGCACCACAGGCCAUCACACCCUCACCCACCCGCCAGCAACAGUUCGGCAUCAAUAGUAACUUGGCUUCAGCUGCAGAUUCAACUGCCGGCGGUGGCGCCAAGGCAAUCAAGAAAAAGUCUCGAGCUGGAGGAGUGGCAUCUUCACCCGACCCGAACGAACCCAUCCCGUCUUCGUACUCGUCCGGGGAAGGAGGAAACAACUCUCGAGGGUCGCCUGAUCUUUUGGGGUCUUCGCCUGUCCCGUCGACUUCAGCGGCAGAUGCUGUCGCUCAGGAGAUGGCUAGCCUCAACAUUAACCAGAACCAACAUCAUCAACAGCAAUCUUCAUCGUUUGGAGCGUCCCCGACAGGAGGGAUGAUGACGGCCGUGUCGCCCGAGAAGGGAAUCACUCCCGAUAUGAAGAUCCUCACGAUCAUGGCACUUUUGGAUCCCUCCACCAACAAUAUCUCGUCCGCUGCUGGCACGCCAAACAAACCAGCUGUGAUCCUCAACCGUGGCUCGAGUACUCAGAACCCGUUCGGACCCACUACGCUGAAUGGAACUGAUGGCGUUGUCUUUGAAGCCACACGGAACGGACAUAUUGUUACCGUCAUCCUCUAUUAG